AUGGUGUUCACCGAUAGCGACGAUGAUGAUCUAGAUGCCCCCCGCGUAAGACAAAAACAUGCUCGAGCCGAUUCAUCUCUUGGAAAGGUGGACAAGCCACAUGUCGAUGUUCCCACGAUCUCAAAGCUCAAUCCUGAGACUCCGCGCCGAUAUGACAGCCCUGACAUCACACUCGAUGCGGAUGGUCACAGUUCAGGGAAGCAACCUCAGUCUAGCCCCCAUACAAUCACGCAGACCCACUACGACUCAGCCGAUGAAGAGCUUAAUCGGCUCGAGCGAGAAUGGGAGGAAGAUCAUGAACGGUCAGCAGAAGACACGAAGCAAAAACCCAGGGCCAGGGCGAAAAGAGGCGCGACACCACAGAUACUCCAAACAAUUGACGAGGAGUUGGCACCACGUUCCAAAGCCAGAAGGACACAAUUGACCACGGGUGUCGGAAGGCAGGGACCUGCCAGAAAGCGUCGAAAGGUGUUAGUUCACGGAGACACCGACGAUGACCAAGAUCUGAUGGAAUGGACCGUGCCUGAGUACAUGAGGGAUCGAAGAGCCAAUUUUGACGCGCGCCUAAAACAGCUCAAAGAAGGUGGACUGGAACUGCCUCCUAAUUACGACGAGGUCUACUUCUCUGACGAGGAGCACUUGGAAGAUUUGCUCGAACGACCAGACUUUCCGCUAUCGACCGCCACCAGAGGCUACAAGGAUAUUGAGCUCCCUCACUCUUUGGGCCUCAUUCCAGCACCAAUUGCACAGUUCUUGCGCGACUAUCAGGUUGACGGCGUGAAGUUCUUGCAUGAGCUCUUCGUCUAUCAACGAGGUGGCAUUCUCGGUGACGAUAUGGGGCUGGGUAAGACCGUCCAGGUCAUUGCAUUCUUGACUGUGGCUUAUGGCAAGACUGGCGACGAACGUGACAAAAAGAGGAUGCGGAAAAUGGCCCGGUUAAGACAGCGGUACCCCAAAACCCUCAUCAUCUGCCCAGGAACGCUCAUGGAAAACUGGAAAGAUGAGUUCCAGCGUUGGGGCUGGUGGUAUGUUGAGACUUAUCACGGCAGUCCAACACAGAGGCAUGAUGCCCUCCUGCAAGCUGAAGCGGGGAUGCUCGAAGUUAUGAUUACCACCUAUCACACCUAUCGAGCUCACAAGGAGGAGAUCAACCUGAUCAAAUGGGAUUGUGUUGUUGCCGACGAAUGUCACAUCAUUAAAGAACCGAAAUCCGCAACCACCAUAGCCAUGAACGAUAUCAACGCACUCUGCCGCAUCGGCCUGACCGGCACCGCGAUACAGAACAAAUACGAGGAGCUGUGGACCCUCCUCAACUGGACGAAUCCUGGUAGGCUAGGACCGAUUGCGACGUGGAAGAAAUCCAUUUGCGAACCGCUCAAAUUGGGUCAGAGUCACGAUGCUACGCAGUAUGAACUGGCCAUCGCCCGAAAGACAGCGAAAGCGCUUGUGCAGAACUUGCUACCCAAGUUCUUUCUUCGACGAACGAAAGCUCUCAUCAAACAUCAGCUACCCAAAAAAUCAGACCGCGUCGUCUUCUGUCCCCUCACUCCCACUCAGGCAGAAGCCUACCAGAAUUUCCUCGAUAGUGACAUCGGCCAGCUGGUCAAGAAUGCCACUGAGUUCUGUGACUGCAACCGAGUGCCAAAGAAAAAGGCGGGCUGGUGCUGCCACAUGACACUAGAGGAUGGGACUCCUUGGCAAAGUUGGGUCUUUCCUGCAAUCAACGCUUUGCGAAACUUGUCAAAUCAUCUGGCCAUCCUUAUUCCUCAGGGUACUGACCCUAAAGACAAGCAAGCAAAGGAUCUUGACAUGCUUGAGAUUUGCAUGCCUGACAAGUGGCGGGAAAUCUACCGGACUCGUGACAGCAUCAUGCACACAGGCAACCCAGAGUACUGCGGAAAGUGGCGGGUCCUAAAGAAACUCCUCAACUUUUGGCAUGACCAAGGCGACAACAAAGUCCUCAUCUUCUCUCACAGCGUUCGCUUACUCAGGAUGUUACAAAACCUGUUCAUCAGCACCCAGUUCAACGUCACAUACUUGGAUGGGAGCAUGGCGUACGACGAGCGUUACAAGGCUGUCAGAGACUUCAACACCGAUCCCUCUCAAUUUGUGUUCCUCAUCAGCACCCGGGCCGGAGGUGUUGGACUGAAUAUCACCUCCGCCAACAAAGUGGUUAUCGUCGAUCCGAACUGGAACCCAAGCUAUGACUUACAAGCUCAAGAUAGGGCAUAUCGAAUCGGACAGACCAGAGACGUAGAGGUAUUCCGCCUGAUCAGCCAAGGUACGUUGGAGGAAAUAGUCUACGCUCGGCAAAUCUACAAGCAACAACAAGCCAAUAUCGGAUACAACGCGACAAGCGAACGGCGAUAUUUCCAAGGCGUCCAGGGCCGCCAGGACCAGAAAGGUGAAAUCUUUGGCCUGCAGAAUCUGUUCGCAUACCAAGGCGAGAAUCAAGUACUACGAGAUAUCGUGAACAAGACAAAUAUUGCCGAGUCCAAAGCCGACGUUCGAGUCGCAAACCUGGAGCUCGAGGAGGAUUCUGACGACAACGGCUAUGAAGCGGGUGGAAAUAACGAGGAUGACAACCCACGUCGAAUCAGGGCAGAGUCCGACACGGAGGAUGCAGCACUGUCCCAGCUUGCUGCGGAGAUAAUUGGCGACGAUAGUCGUUCGUCUCGAUCCAGCUCAGGGACGCCAUUCCGAUCAAUCAAGAAUGCAGCCAAGAAACAUGACCCAAUACAGGCGAUUCUGUCUUCGGUUGGCGUCUCGUACACUCACGAGAAUAGCGAGGUUGUCGGCUCUUCGAAGGUCGAAGCGCUGUUGUCGAAACGUGCUGAGGAAGCCGCAGCCAGCAAAGAGCGUUGGGGCACACAGGAGCAAAAAGCAAAGGUUUUCGAGGACGAGCCGUCACAGCAACUGGUACACAGCGAUGAAGACGACGAUCUGUAUGAGAAUGUUUAUGACAAUACCUUCCAUGAACGGCAGCGGGAGAAGAGAACCGACACACCUGAUGGCGGAGUCAAAUACAAAUAUCGGCCGCCUCAGGCUGUCAGGAAGAGGCAAUUCUGCAGUAUGGCAAAGUGGGCAGGGUAUGGCGACGACGUUGUCACUUUUGCAUUGGUAGUCGAGAACUGGACGCAGGCCGAAAGAAGGGAGUGUCUUGAUCGGUUUUACCAGUAUCGAAGGGAUGUGCUCCGUGGACGUGUCAGGAACAAGGAUCAUGAAACGCAGGAAGGGUAUCCGAAGAGUGUGGCAGAGCAAGUAAAUGAAGUGGAAGAUACUCACGUCAAGAUGGAGAAGAGAAUCUCUAUGAACCUGGAGACCAAGGUGCAGCUUGAGGUCGAAACGGAAAGCGAAGAUGAUGAGCUUUGA